AUGAGUGCUCCCCUCGCCUCCGAGUUGUCUGAGUUGGCGGCGCCGCGCCCCGGCUUCCGGCUCUCGGCGCCCCACGCGCUCGCGGCUCCAGCGGCUGCAGCCCACGUCCGCGCCGGGAGCCGAGCUCGCCGCGCCCGCCGCGCCGCGCCUGGGGAGCCCGGGCUCCCGAGCUCCUGUCCCGGCCCCGGUCCAGGGGAAAGCAGGGUGUCCCCGGGCAGAGGCGCUCGGCUGCGCGGUCUCCCACACUCUCCGCGGCCCAUCGGUCUCUCCAUGGCCUCUCAUCAGCAAUCCCGGAUCCAGGCUUACCUGGAGAAGAACAAGAUCGGUCCCCUGUUUGAGGAAUUAAUGACCAAGUUAAUUACUGAGACACCUGACCAGCCCAUCCCAUUUCUCAUUGGCCAUCUUCAGUCUAAACAAGAAAACCGUGGACACCUUCAAAGAACUUUAUCUGGAUCUGCAGCUCUCUGGGCAGAAAGUGAAACAUUAGAACAUAAAGGAACAAGAAGGGAAUUCAGAAACUAUGAUAAACCCUGGCAGUUAAAUGCAAAGAAGCCUAAAAAGUCAAAAAGCGACCUUGCUGUGUCUCAUAUUUCUCCACCAUCACCAGAAUCAAAAUCAUUGCCAAGGUCAGUAGAUCAUCCUAAGUGGAAGUGGAGGAAUAAACCAGAAAGCCGUGAUUUUGAUGAAUUGAACCACAUCCUUCAAGAGAGCAAGAAACUGGGAAAAGCCCUUGAGAAUCUCUCUCGAAGUAUUGCAAUUUCAGAUGAACUCGAUAAGGAAACAGUGGCGUUUCAUUCUUCUCUUCUGAGACCCCGUGUAAUUGGAGAGUGGAUUGGUCGAGAAGAGAACGAUGCUGAUCCACUGGCCGCUGAAAUGCUGCAGCCCCCAAUUCCAAGAAGUAAAAAUGAACAAUGGGAAAAUGAAGAGAAUAGCUCUAGCCCUGCAGGAAGCUUAAAGGUGGAGCCCAAGACUAAAGGAUUAAAACAGCAGCAACAGCAGCAUAAGAAACUUCUGGCAGCAAUGCUCUCUCAAGAUUCUUUCGAGUCUGUCCAUAGCCUCACCCCAUCGGUAACAGAAGAAGAUAUUGAUAAUGAAGAUGAUGCAAUGGAAUUGCUGGGUAAUUUUAAAAAUUAAUAAUUUCUCUUUUUCUUCUCUGGCAUUGUAAAGGUGCGUAGUGGUUAAGAGAUUUUUUAAGUUUUGAGUAGUUUUGUCUUAGGGGAAAGAAACGAUUUAGCAAACACUUGGAUUAGACUUUCAUGGAGUUAAGUUGAAAUCACCUGAGCAUGUGAAGUGUUUAUUAGACUGUAUUUUGUGCUUUGUAUAUGCAGCACUUACCUUCUGACUACUUAAUCAAGAUUUAUUCUCUGUGCACUUGUGAUACAAAUUCAAGUUCGUCUGCUUUAUUCUCCUAUUAUGAUUGCCUUGAUCACAUCUUUUGUCUAUAAAAUGCAUCCAGAGUACAUAUUUCAGCCCGCAUUCCAAGAUGUCUCCCUGUUGUUUCAAGGAUGUUUUAGAAAAAGCAAGUUAAAUUUAAGAGGGCAGAUAGUAAAUUAAUGUUUUAUGUCUUUCAUAAAUGACAGGAAAGUUGGCAGAGAUUUCAGUGUUUUUAUAGGCUCAUUGCUUUCAUGAAAGUUUUAUACAUAGGAAAUCUUUUAUCUUUUAAUGAAGUAAAUGUAUAUUUUUGUUUCGUCAGAAAUCUCUGCAUAAUAGUUUUUUUUAAAUUGAACUUCCUUUUGUAAAACCAUUUUUUCAAAAGAAGGAAAUUAAAUUUUAUUUCAGAGUGAAUUAUCCACAUAUAAAACAUUGAGUUUUUAAUUCAGUGAUAUUAGCUAUUCUAUUCUAAAUAAUUAGAACAAUUUUCAAAUACUUUGUAGCAAUAUACUAGAAAGUGAAUAAAUAAUAAAAUCAUUUGAAUGCUUCAGAUAAAUUUAACAUAUAGAAAAAGGA